AUGGUUUCCGGCUACACCGCGAAAAAUACUGCAGCGGGCUAUGGCUAUAAUUUUAUCCAGGACCUGAUAUGCGACCUGGUCGACUUGCUGAAACAGGCAGAACUUCACAGAGCAGCUUCGAUCGUCGAAGUCGAGGUGCUGCAACAGGCACCUGGUGACGAUGAAGCCAGCCUUGAAGAUCUCCUCGACGAGCCUACCGACUUGGGACCACCGCCAGCCCCUCCCUCUGAAAAUUACCACGAUGAGGUCAUGGACAGCGUAAUCAACGAAACGCCUCGGUUCAGUUACGACUACCUGGCGCAAGCAACUGGCAAUUUCUGUAACGUGCCGCUGUCCGAGGGAGGCUCCAAAGUGGGAGAAGGAGCCUUUGGAGUCGUAUACAAAGGCACUUUCCUGGAUGGCACGCUGGCUGUGAAGCGCAUGAAAGACUCUCUUCCGGAACAGUUUCUCACUGAAGUAAGACUGUUACGAAGGCAUUCCCAUCCAAAUUUGCUGCCUCUCAUUGGAAUUUCCCUCGACGCGGCGGGCAGUUGCUUGGUUUACGAAUUCAUGGAGAUGGGGUCCCUGCAGUCGUGCCUUGCGAGAAAAAACAAUCCAAUGUACUGGAAACGACGUGUGACAAUACUGACUGAGGUUGCUGCUGCCAUCCAUUUUCUGCACACUCGCACACCCUGUCUUAUACACAGGGAUGUGAAAAGUGCAAACAUACUUCUAGACAGUAACUAUACUGCUACUGGAGAUUUCGGACUCACAAGGCAGUUGUCGGGGGACAGUACAACGAGAACAGAGAUAGUAGUAGGAACAUCUGUCUACAUGUCACCAGAGGCAUUCACUGGCACAAUCUCACCCAAGAUGGACACUUAGUUUGGUGUGGUGAUCAUGGAGGUGCUGACAGGUCUGCCUCCGUAUACGAAUGCAAGAGGAGACAUUCUCUCCUACCUAAAGGACACUACCCCAACGACAUCACACCCAGUCCUGGACACCUCGGCCGGUGUGUGGGAUCAGGAGCUUGCACAAAAGGUCUACGAAGUAGGCGAUGAGUGUGUCAGGCUUGACAGACGGCAGCGACCUACGAUGGAGCCAAUUUAUGAAGAACUGGUCAAGCUGAAUGAUGUGUUGAAUGGCCCUACGAAUUGAGACGUGACAAGAAGACCCCAAGUCCUUCAAAAGAAGUGGUGCUCAAUGGACAUUGUUGUGUAAUGUGUUGUGUCAAUGUUUUUAUAAACACAGAUUUUAUUUUUGAA